GCCGCGGCCGCGGGAAGGCCAUGGCGGGCCGGGAGCGGAGCUGGAGCCGGCGCCUCUUCCGGUGGCGGCGGCGGAAGCGGGCGGCGGGGCGGCAUGGCGGACCCGCGGCGGCCGGCGCGGGUGGCCAGGUACAAGCCGCCGGCCACCGAGACCAACCCGGCGCUGGAGGACCCCACGCCCGACUACAUGAACCUGCUGGGGAUGGUCUUCAGCAUGUGCGGGCUCAUGCUCAAGCUGAAGUGGUGCGCCUGGAUCGCUGUCUACUGCUCCUUCAUCAGCUUCGCCAACUCCCGCAGCUCCGAGGACACCAAGCAGAUGAUGAGCAGCUUCAUGCUCUCCAUCUCUGCCGUGGUGAUGUCCUACCUGCAGAACCCCCAGCCCAUGUCCCCUCCCUGGUGACGGCCGGUGUCAUUCUCCAGGGAGGGUGCCAGCUGCAGGGAAGGCAACGGGUUGUGUUGGGGCCGGGACAAUAAAGGGGGGUGCUGAGGCAGA